UGUCGCCCCCUGGCGGCCUGGACGCCGGCUGUUUCUGCAAAGUCACGUGAUUUCGAGGAAACGGGGCGGCUGAGUUGAGAGGAGCGCUGAGUCGCUGAGCCGCUGAUCGGUCGCUCAGUCCGCAGAGCGCCGCUGACGAAACACAACCACGUCGUUUUUAACGGGAGUCAUGGCAGCAGGAAGGAUGAGAUCCACCCGCAGACUUCGAUCCUGGAUAGUCGAGCAGGUCAGCAGCGGGAAGUAUCCCGGUGUCAUGUGGGACGACGAGGCCAAAACCAUGUUCCGCAUUCCCUGGAAGCACGCAGGAAAACACGACUUCCGUCAGGACGAGGAUGCCGCCCUCUUCAAGGCCUGGGCUGAGUUCAAAGGGAAGCUGGCAAGUGGACAGAACAAUCCUGCUGCGUGGAAAACGCGGCUGCGGUGCGCACUCAACAAGAGUCCAGAGUUCACGGAGGUGAUGGAGCGAUCCCAGCUGGACAUCUCCGAGCCGUAUAAGGUGUACCGUCUCGUCCCCCUCAGCGAGCAGGGUGUGUUGAUCCCUGAGACAAAGAUCAAAGAAAAAAGCAGCAAGAAGCUAAAGAGGAGGAGCAGCGACUCGGACAGCAACAUCACUCGGGUCAAACGGAUCAAGACAGAAGAGGUGACCUCUCAGUUGAUGAAGCCUGAGGACGAAGAUCUGCUGCAGGACAAUGAGCCUGUCCAGUCAGAUGGACCCUCCCAGUGCACCACUGUGGAUGAGAUCAGGUUAGAUGUUCGGAUCGAGGAGACCGUCACCACUAACACGGAAGACGGGGACUCCUUCAGCGUGGCGGUUCAUUAUUUGGGUCAGGAAGUGCUUAAACGUCAAAUCUGCGGGCCCGAUGUUCGCAUUAUGUACAUGCCUUCCUCCUCCAUGCCUCCGACUCCAGCCGCCCUAAACGUUCGGUUCCCUCGCAUCCUGCUGCCGGAGCCGCCGCCCACACUGCCGGCCGGUGGGGAGCUGCAGGCACUCUUCACCCUGCUUCCGUUCAUGGAGAAGGGAAUCGUGCUGACGUCCACGCUGCAGGGGGUUUAUGGCAGGAGGUUCUGCCAGGGCCGGAUCUUCUGGACGGGGCCACACACGACUACGCCAGGCCUUCACAGGAUGGAGAGGAACAUGGAGCCGGUGCUGCUAUUCAGCAAAGACAUCUUCAAGCAACAACUGGACCAUUUUCAGGCCAACGGUGGCGAGCGUCCUAAGUGCAGCUUCACUCUGUGUUUUGGAGAGGAGUUCAGGAACACCGAAGAUCCGUCCCAGAAACUGAUCAUAGCUCAGAUCUCCCUCCCGUGGGCGGAGCAGCAGGUGGAGAACGUCCUGUCCAUCUUCAACACCAUCUCAGUCUUCCAGACGUUGGCCAGCCAGUCCCCACUGGGCGAAAUCACCCUGAACCUCAUCACGGUGCCGUCGCAGUCCUCCGAUCUGGCCGUCUGUCCAUCCCCCUGAGAGCUUCAGAGAAGUUUCCCUCCAAAAGACUCCCAAACAUUCCCAGCGACACUGAAACAUGAGUUCAGCGCUGCAGCUUCUACACAGGAUGAUGCUUAACAAGGAUUUCUUCACCCUGUGCUGAAGGUGACUCCACAGAAACAGACUUUAAAGCAUUUGAAGAAAAAUCUGUUCAACUCGGGAGAUGAAGCCUGGAGUAGGAUAUCAGAUACUUUCUGGGAUGCACCUUAUUACCCUGCCAGGAUCGGUGCAUUAUAAACACUACAGGAAAAACUGUAAAUAGUUCCUCUUUAUAUUAGUUUAGCACUUUUAUUGUGGUGUUCCUCAAACACUUUUUAAAAGACCAAAAAAGUUAAACUGCUGUUAAAAACUAGCAUGUGUAUCGUACUGUACUCCAAUCACACUCAUAGAAACUACCAGUGUAAAUGAACAGCCUUUAAGUGGUUUCAGUGGUUUUAUGGACUUGUUACUGUUCUGUUCGGAUCAAGUGCGAAAGGAACAGUUUUAAAGUUUUUGUUUCAAACACAAAAACUCGUUUUACUAUCAAGAGUUUUUAGUUAGAAAUCAAACACUUUUUACUGUGUUGCUACAGUUUUUCAUUUCAUAAUUCCUCAUUUUUCCCACACUCAGGAUUAUUUAACCAAUUUUGAGACGUCAUACAAUUAACAAACCGACAUAGGGAAUAAAUUACUUUUCAUAGACAGACCUGUAACAUUUCAGACAAAAAGAAAUUUAAACAGAAUCUGAUGCAAGCAAGGCAGAAUGAGGCCAAAUCAUUUUAAUAAGUAUUUGUCUGUCAGUUGUAUUGUUUUUGUCUCAUUUGAAGGUAAAACUGUUGUUUUAGUAAUAGAAAUAUAUAUUUUAUUUUAAUAAAGUUCUAUCUUUAGUAAAUUAUUUUCUAAGAACGUUUACACACAUUUUAUUUGAAAGGAUUUUUCCCGGCUGGAUGUCAUGCUAUGAUGCCGUGUUUAGAGCAUCUGUUAGAGAGAGAAAACCAGUUUUGAACCGUUUGAUUUGAAGCAUUUCUCUCUCGCAAAAAGGGAAGAAAAAAAUAAUGUAGCCCCAGCUUUGUUUUCAUGUUUCAUGGUUGAAAAGAGAAACGAAAACGCAAAACGUUUUCCAGACAGCGUGCUGCAGGCAGCACUGUCUUCCAUCCACAACGUUUUAAAAGUGAAACUGACAGGAAAGAAAAAUGAUCAAAUGGGAAUGUGGGAAAAGUCUGGAAUGGUGAAAUGGAAAAUAUGCAAGGCAUUCUGGGUACAACCCAUGUCUGAUGUUGGUGUAAAAUGUAAAUACAGGAAUGUUGCACUAAAGCUUAGAUUUAGCUUGAUAGACUUUAAUUCAUUUAAAGGUUUGCCGCAGAGUUCAUAUAAAUUAUCAGUUAAACUCAGAAGCAGAUUUCAUUUUAUUUGAGGUAAGAAAAGGCUGCAGAAAAAAAGUAAUCUCUUAAAAUUUAUUGCAUUAUUCACAAAAGCAGCGUAAUCUCUGGAUUUAAACAAGGUUGAACUCCUUAUAAGCUAUGAGCUCAGUUUAAAUCUAUUGGAUAUUUAAAACAGGAAAAGUUAAGGUUUGCUGAGCUUAAACUGUUGUCACUAAUAUAUUAAACAACAGAAGAAGAGGGUGGAGUUGAUAAUAAUGAAGAAUAUUCUGCUCAGGUGUUAACUUGAAGGUUAAAUGUUUCCCAUCAAGCAAUUAUGACUAAAUUAAACAAAUGAAAAACUUCCGACCAUCAAUAUUCCCACAGGGAUAAUUUGCCACACUAGAAGAAAAAAUAAGGAACCAGAAAUAAAGACAGGAAGGUGAUUGAUGGUGUUAAAAUGAUUUUAAUGUGGAUUUGUUGUUAUAAAACAUCAGUUUUACACGAUGAGGUGUGGGGGAAGGUUAGAUCUACCACGAUGUAAAUACAUCAUUGAUGCAUGUUUGUUCUGUUGGAGAAACAAAAAUAAAACUUGUUCCUGGA